UAAUCAUCGUGGGAAAAUUUAGCUUCCACUUCCUUUUCGUGUCGUGACGUCGGAAAUUUGACGUUUUGAACGGUGAAUGCGUGGAACUUGCCGGCUGGUAUUUGUGUUUGUUUUCUGAUAUUUUUGAACUCACUGGGAAAUUGUCACACUCAUAAAAGAUGAAGUUGUUUAUUAGUCUCGCUCUUCUUUGCUUUGUAACCUUCGUACAUGGAGAUGACGUUGGACCAGCGAAAUUAAUCGUUGUCAAAGAUGUCACGAACGAUGUAAUUGCUCAAGGAAUGGAUUUGACAAUAAAAUAUCAGAUCUUAAAUAUUGGAGAAAGUGCUGCUACUGAUGUAGAGCUUGCCGACUCAACGUUCCCAGAGAUUGAUUUUGAGCUUGUUGCAGGAAUGUUCAACGUAAAAUGGCCCAAGAUUGCUCCAAGCACCAACGUAUCGCACGCUGUUGUUGUGAAACCACUGAGGAGCGGAGAUUUUAAUUUCACUUCGGCUGUUGUUCAGUACGUUGCUACUGAAGGAGAAGAACCUACUUUUGGUUUCAGCAGUGAGGUCGGGGAAGUCACAAUCUUAACUGAGAAAGAAUACCAGAGGAUAUUUGCAGAUCAUUUUAUUGAUUGGGCUUUAUUCAUGGUCUGGUGCAUUCCAUCGCUCUUCAUGCCAUACCUGAUGUAUUACAAAAGCAAAACAAAGUAUGGUGUCAAAGCAAAAAGGAAUUAGAAACUGAUUUAGUGCAAUUUUUUACAUUGGAGAGAUUUCCAGCCAAAUAUUCAUCUGAUUUGACAUUUAUCAAAGUUUAACAAAUACUGAUAUAAGCUCUCAAUUUUGGGGGUUUCCAGGUGGCCAAAGCACAUUUGAAUUUGUAAGAUUUUCUGUUUCGAUUAUAUAAAGUUGAAGUUUAUUUAACGUUAAAGUUAUGAGUUUGAGCAAACUUUUGAGUCUCUCAUACCCAACAUUACAACAACCCUUCUUUACAUUUGCAGACAAACUUAUUAUUUUAAAUUUUGAAAUUAUUAGAAGUGACCAUUAUAUUAUAAUAUUAAAAUUAUUUUAACUUUGAAUUUCUGAAACUAUCAGAGUGUGAUACACUAAUAUUCAUUCCAAAUCCUUGAUAAUCAUCGAAUGUCUCUACAUUUAGAGACAAAUUCAUUAUUAUAACCACGAAGCCCUAAUUGUGAAGCAUUUCUGGUUCAAAUUGUAUACUGUAUUUUGGCCAGAGGAUGUACGAGUUAUAUUUUUGUUUGGUCUGUGUUCAAAAUAGAAUUUUUUGCCUCUGGAUUGUAUUGAAGCCUGCAUUCUAAUUUUCUUGCAAUUAUGAACUGUUUUUGGGUUGAAAUUUGCACUUUGUCAUCAAAUAUAAUGAAGCGAAAUAUUUUUCUGAAAUAAAGUUUCAUGUGGUGCCAUGG